GCGUAGUUCUCCCUCCUUCAGCCAAGGAGACUAGAGUACUGCGCUUGCGCACAUAGACAAUCUACCGGAGCAGGCGCCGUGGGUUAGCCGGCUGUAGCGGGCGGGUUGUGAGGCGAAAGGCGCUGGGGUGGUCGUCCGUGCUGGAAGAAGAGGGGAGCCGCUCCCUGGCUGUGCCAUGUAUCAGCGGAGCCGGGCGGUGGCCGGACGCUUGGGACCCCGGUACCCCUGGGGCUGGGAGGGGAACAGCAGCAGGCUGCGGCUGGGCCAGGGCGACACGGCGCGAUGCUGUUACCGGGCGCGGCCGCGGGACCUGGAUGCCUCCUGGGAUAAAUUACCUCCAGGCCUUGUCUCUUCCAGUUCCAUAGGGCCGACAUUCCACUCAUUGAUCACCAAGAAGCCACUGGAAACCCCAGCCGUCCUCCCAGCUUUGUCCAUAUCUGCCAGCUGCAACUUGGCUAGAAUCAACCAAACUGAACCAAAGACAAGACUUUGUCAGCUGACGCACAAUCUGGAGACCAAGGCUCUUUUCCGUCCUGCUGUGCUCUCCCCACCAGAAGGCAUGGAGGAUACCAUCACCCUGGUGAAUGGGAGACAAGAGGAUGACAUUGUUGUGCGGGAUGGUGAAGGGCUGGAUGGUGCCUCUUUAGACUCUUUGCACAACCUCUUUCAUGGCUGGCAGUACCGAUCACCCUACCAGACUCCAGAGGUAACACUGGGUUCUCUUGCGCCUUUCAGAGCCACCACUGGGGCCCCUUCCCCAGCCAGUUCUCCAGAGAGUGACCCAAGCAUGGAGGAACAUCUUGAAGUCAUGCAUCAGAAAUUACGGAAUGAGCUUCCAGGCUUCUUUUUGAAGACACAUGACUAUGAAAUCUACACCAAGGAUGUGGAAUUUGUCAAUGAGAUUUUGCAUCUGAGAACACGUGGUCGAACCAUGUACCAGAUGGCACUGACUCUUUGCCGUUUUGUGGCCUGGAACUACUUCGCUGCAUUGCGCAUGGAGGUGCUAAAGGUGACGCAGCACCCUGAGAACUGGAGCAUCCAAGCCCGGUGGCAGAUUACAGGAUUGCCCUUCCAUGUUCUCCUGCUCCACUUUUACAAGAAAGACAAGAGUGAGCUUUAUAGGACCUAUGAUGCCUAUUCCACUUUUUUCCUGGAUCCACAAGGCUUAAUUAAGUGUCACAGGGUAAGCAAGCUAAUGCCAUCACAGCCUCCCAUGAACAAGUUGAAAAAGCUCCUGGUGGCUUCUUUCUUGGGUCUGGGGCUAUCGGAGCACAGACCAUCACUGCAGCUGCUCUUAUCAGCUCUGGAUGACAAGCAGCAGGGAGCUUCACUAGGUUGUAGGAAUAGCUGAAGACCAGCCCUCUAUGUCUGGAUCUCUUAGCUCACCUUGCUUACUGUGGUGGGAGGCAGAGGUGAUGCCAUUAGUGGCUCAUGGUGUGUCUGUGUUGCCUUUGUACAAAAGAGUGUGUCGGCCUUGCCUCAUGUUGCUGCUGCUAAUUCUAUCAGCAAAUUCUGUAAAGAUGGUUGUAAUUUAAUGUGUACAUAUAUUAAAAGGUUUAUGUUGAAGAAA